AUGCUCGCUUACAAUGCGCCCGAUCUUCAUUCAGCGGGAUCGUCAUCUACGUCAUCUCUUCAAUCUCCAGAUGACUCAGAAUUAUCUUUUGCGCAUCAGAGUUUCGGGUCGCCCGUCACAACACCCAGCGACUCUCCCGUCGAGCCCAACCCUCUAUCGUCAUAUUUCCCCAAGCGCUCAGCCACUGUUACCAGCCAUCCUCGAUCCUCUACAUCGACUGCAUCAUCUACGGAUGCGCCCUUGGUUCCCAAGCGGGCGCUUUCCCAUACGAAGCGCUCCCACCAAGAGUUGGCUCGUCAGCGCUCCAUCUCACGGCUCUCGCCUCCUCCAUUAAAUUCCGUGCGCAGCAGUCCUGCAGUUCGCCCAGCCCAGGAAUACUCCAGCCCCGAACCACACCCCUUUGGAAAGGAGCUGGAGCAAGUGAAUGAGGUCGUGGAAGAGUUUGGUGGCACUCGUGUGCUCGAUGAAGAGGAGCUUAUUUUGCAGAACAAAGGCCUGAUGAAGUUCACCGUGGACGAAUACCUGGUAGAAAUUGAAGAUCUUUACGGAAGCAUCUUUGACGAUCGAAUGGGCCCAAUUGCUUCCGGACAGUGGCUAUGA